AUGGAUCUCAAGGACGCAAUCAACGUUUCAGAAACGUCUGACCAUGAAGUUUACACUAUGCGGCCACUGUUCCAGUCUGAUCUGAAAGUAUUGGGCAUAGGGGCUUCGGGCCAAGUCUACGCGGUAGACGAAGAGAUAGUCCUCAAAAGCUCUCGCAUUUAUCAAAGGCCCGGACGCAAGGAGUUGAAAAGCGACCAUCGCCACUUCGCCUCAGAUGCCAUUUUCCACUCUGGCUUGUUACGGAACGAAAGAUAUGUUCUGCAGCUCCUUCAACGGUGGCCACAUCCUCACAUCAUGGAAGUGAUUGAUACCGAUCACGCCGAGGGGGUAUAUCUUCGGAGAUAUCAGCCAUUACCGACAGGAGAGCGAGCUGUACAAUCCACGCGGAUUCGGUGGUAUCGUGAGAUAGCCGAAGCGCUUUGCCAUCUCCAAAAGCUUGGCAUUGCUCAUGCCGACGUGUGGAUUGACAACAUCCUUCUUGAUAGCCAAGGGUCAGCUAUUCUUUGUGACUUCAGUGCAGCGAGUCCCUUUGGUCAGGUGAACUUUGUUUUUGAAGAUAUGCCGCUUCCAGUAAGCGGUCCGUCGCCAACUCUGUCCGAGGCAACAGAUAUCUUUGCAAUGGGCUCGCUCAUAUUUGAAAUCGAGCAUGGGACCAGACCGAAUCUCUCGAUAUAUGAUGGUGAUUUGAUCUUGCCGGAUAUAAACACCAGUCAUAAAGGGAUUGCUACAAUUAUUCGAAAUGCGUGGCUUGGAAACUAUAUCCACACCUCUGAGAUGUUAACCAGUCUUCAGUCACUGGAUACACGGUCUGUCCAAGGUUUGGAUGACAUUUACCCGUCCUCGAUUUCGAACGCCUUGUUGAAGGAAAGAGUCAGAGAGUGGAGAGAAAGCCGUGAAAUUGUUAGAGGAUGUGUUCUGGACAACGUACUAUCCGAAGACCAGUUGCAGGAGUUAGGAAAUAGAUUUGGCUUUAGUAAAGAUAAAGAUCUUAUUUUCAACGGUCACGAGGUACCGUUUGAUAUACAUCAUGUCUAG